AUGCUCAAUCGGGUAUUUCAGCGUAAGGAUGCCUCGUUUAGACUGGGCCUCGUCUCCGACGUAGCUGUCCUUCUGACACAUCCCAAUCAUGACUCCCUGGUGUCGGGGCCGCCCGACAAUCGAGGGAAAGACGGCGCGAGGUGCAUCAUCUCCAGCGAAGCCAGCCUUGCACAUGCCCGAUCCAUUGUCAAUAACGAGAGCGGAAAUUUCUUCCUCAGCCAUCUAACUUUGUUGUUACCGCUUGAGUUGGAGAACAAUCCUUUAAAUCUUGACUUGUCACCUUUAUUACUGGCUUAUAUACUGCUCCAACAACUAUAUAUGGCCAUGCCAAAUAAUUGCUCUUUAAGCCAACAGUUAUCUUCUACUCAUGAGCCAAUCACUUCACCUCCAUUUGUGUAA